AUGUCCGAGGAUAACCAUUCGAGUUUCUGGACAAAUGCCUCCUUAGCCGGCCUUGGUAUUGUCAUCAUUGCUUCUUUGCCAUACCACUUUACUCGGGGGCCUACAAAACUUAACAUAUUUCUCGGCCUCUCAUUUGUCUUUGCCAGCGCCAAAUUUUGGCAUAGUCAGGUGACUAAAGCUGUCCCAGAGCCCUAUCUUGAUGAAGUCUUUCAUAUUCCGCAAGCGCAGGCGUACUGUGAGGGUCAGUAUCGAACAUGGGACCCUAAGCUCACAACCCCACCUGGCCUGUACGCAUUUGCGGUGCUUACCCUCAACGUAUUUCGCGGGGUUUGCAGUGUUGAAGGACUUCGACAAUUCAACGUGUUCGCCCUUCUCAGUCUGACCACGUAUGUUGUUGACAUAAGGUCCAUCCUCACAUCUCGGACCGCUCUAAGGUCUGGGAAAAUGGCUGCGAUUACGCCGGAAGCAGUUCAUACCGCUGUCAAUAUUGCUCUCUUCCCACCGCUUUUCUUCUUUUCCGGGCUCUUCUAUACAGAUGUACUGUCUACACGAUUUGUCUUGGAGGUCUACAGGAUGUUUCUGAUCCGAAAGGGAGUGGACAAGAAUUCAGGAGAAGGACUAGUAAUGAACUAUGUUAUUGGAAUCUUCGCUUUGACUAUGAGGCAGACUAACAUCUUUUGGGUUGCUAUCUACUUGGGCGGCCUCGAAGCUGUUAGAGCUAUCAAAAUGAAUGUCGUUCCUGAGGGUAACACGGAGAAGAGUUCCGGCGCAGAACCGGAUCCUCUCAUGACCGAAAUAAGAAAAUGGGGAAGAGGCAGCAUCCAUGAUGUUGCCCUUGAAGACGCAAACCUCAUCGACUUCGCCUUGAUGCCAAUAUCACUGGCCGUCGCUGUACUACACCAACCUAAAUUAAUCCUCGCCAGAUUGUGGCCGUACAUUGCCCUCUUGGUUUCCUUUCUCGCAUUCGUCUACAUCAAUGGUGGUGUUGUUCUCGGUGACAAAUCAAAUCACGUCGCAACCCUCCACCUCCCGCAAAUGCUGUACCUCUUCCCCUUCCUAACCUUCUUCUCUCUUCCAACAAUACUCCCACCAUUUAUCCAGCACACCCUUGCAACGCUCAAAUCCAUGGUCUCUUCACCCCCUACAACCAAACCAACAACCAAACCAGCGACGACCACCACAGACCCUACCACACCGAACUCAACCGCAACCUCAACCUCAACAAUCCCCCGUCCCCUCCUCCUCAUCCUCUCCUUCCUCACAGUCCUCACGCUCCUCAUGGCAACCAUCGCCAUAAUCUACUUCAACACCAUAAUCCACCCCUUCACUCUCGCCGACAACCGACAUUACAUGUUCUACGUCUUCCGGUACACAAUCCUGAGACACCCCGCAAUACGCUACUUACUCGCCCCAAUAUAUCUAGGCUGUGGAUGGGCUGUUUACUUAUCACUAUGUCCAACCACUAAACCCUCAUCACAACCGUCCAAGCCCACCACCGACACACCGCCCUCACCUACAGUCUCAACCGUCAUCCUCUUAUUGAUCCCAACAACUCUCUCCCUCAUAACCGCUCCACUAGUAGAACCCAGGUAUUUCAUUCUCCCCUGGCUCUUCUACCGUCUACAUCUCCCCGCGUCCCAACCCCGGAAAUGGUUAUGGGCCGAGACGCUCUGGUUCAUUGCCAUAAACGCGGGAACGGGAUAUAUGUUCUUAUAUCGAGGGUUCGAGUGGAAGCAGGAGGCGGGGAAGGUGCAGAGAUUUAUGUGGUAG